AUGAAAAUAGUAGAGAGCAGCAGAAGUCGCCAGAUUACUUUUAAUCGUAAGAAAAACAACAACAAAACAGAAAAGAAAACAAACAUCAAAAGGGGCAAGUCAAACGACGUCAUAACAAUUCAGAUAACGCCUUCUAGACGACUUUUUACGCGACGAUGCUGUCAAAAUAUAAGUGUGACCAAUACGCGUACUGUCGGAUCCAAUGAACUUUCAAUACUCGACAUACAAUUGCAAUACGAUACAUCGUCCAUCGAAUUCAUUCUCUCCACAUUUGAACGAAGACGCUCACUUGAACAAUCCAAAGGCAAACUUUCCUACAAAAAACAACCAAGUCUCGCCAGUAAUCAAACACAUCAAUAUUAUUUCAUGCCCAUACGCGAACAAAAUUCAACAGCAAUUGUAACAGGAAAUCAUGUAACUGAUAGUGCAUCAUUAUUAUUAUUAUCAUCUGCAUCUGAUCAUCAAUAUCCGUCCACAGUCGAUGAUUCAUUAUCAAAUUAUUUUUCUUCAUUUACAUUAGAAGUGAACUCAUCUGAUAUGACAACAGUGAAUAACUCGAAUAAUAAUUUAAGUGAUGCCGAUUUUGCUGCUUUAUUUCUUUCAUCUAUGACUUCGACUACACCAUCAGUCACAUCGAAUGCUUUAUUAAGUAGCACACUUGAUCACGAAACACCCAAUAAUACGCUCGAUGACGUUUUCCUAAGUCAACUAACUGAUUUAACUUGCUGUUCGUCACCAUCGAUUGUUGAUAAACGACAACAACCCAUUGGUCCGCCGCCUGGCUUUGAGAAUUUUCGUCACGAUUCAUCAUCGACAACAACGACGACGACAGACUUACUUCUUUCACAAACAACGAAUAACAAUUCUACAUUAUCGUCAAUUAGUAAUGUUGGAAUGCAAACACCAGUCGCUUCUUCAGAUACAAUCAAUUUUAGUCAGUUACUACAAUCGACCGCCGUCGAUACACAACAACAGCAACCAGUUGCUAAUAAUAGUGGAACUGUUCGUUCAUCGUCAUCAUCUCAUUCGUCAUUUACAUCCGAAGAACAAUCGAUGUUUUUUCCAAUGUUAACUCAUCCCUACUCAUCAUCAUCGUCAUCGUCAUCAUCUUCAAUUCUUAAUCCAACAAGUCAGAUUUUUUCUACUAAUACACCUCUGUCAUCUGUGACAGCAUCAUCAUCAACAACAACAACAACAAAAUCCGCUGCAAAGCCGCACAUACCCACCAGUCUUUCAUUGAACAAUAAUAACAAUAAUAAUAAUAAUAAUAAUCAUUUCUUAUCCGCAUCUCUUCUUACAAAUAGUACAAGAGACAGUCCUAUAACAAUAACAACAAUUGAAAAUGAUAAAAAAAUAACAGAUGGAGAAAUGACACCUAAUCGUAUCUUUUCACCAACGCAUUCAUUUUUAACUAAUGGUCACACAGACUUCAUUCCAACGAAACCAACAAUCAAUAAAGUUCCUUCACACAAUUAUCUAACGUCAAUUAAAACUCGCACAUCAACUUCAUCAGCUUCGUCGACAUCGUCAUCAAUUGAUGAAGCACUCAUUCAACUAACACAGCAACAGCAAUUAUCAAGUGUUAAUAAACUCUUCAAUGAUGAACCUUUGUCUAUAUUUCAUUCGUCAUCGGUAUCAUUACCAACCCAUUCAAAUCUUGAUAAAGAGCAACAAGCCAUUCAUGAUAAUAUUCAUUUCCUUGCCUCAAUGGCAACUGCGUCAUCUCCUGUCACAUCGGGAGCUCCAUGGCAACAACCAACAUUACUCUCAUCAUUCGAUACUAAUGGACAUGCGCAACAUAAAAUGCGUCCAGCGAUGCUCCAACGACAAGUGAGCUUCUCGUCAAGAAAGAAUUCGGCAAAUAUUCAAGAAUUAAUGCAAAGUCUGAAUGAACUCUGUUACAAAGGUUUUGAUGAGCUUAAUGCACUUAUACAAGAACAACGAUGGGUCCAAAACUAUGUCAAUAUCAACUCUCCAUCGCCCAAUUCUCUUGUAACGCACCUAAAUGGUUCAAAUUGUUGUUCUUCCCGUGUUCUGAUUGUUUCUGAGUAUUUUAUAUUCAAAUGCAAAAAGAUUGAAAUAACGGCAAGUCACGUUUUCGAAUUGUUAGCUCUAGCGAGAGCGGAAUUACGCUUACGAGAUUUAAUGUUUGUGUUCAAAUCAUGGAAAGAGUCAAUUGCAAAUGCCGAAAUGAUUCAUCAAGAGGAGGAAAACAAACUACGCUUAAGCAUGGAACAUCCUCAAUCGUAUUACAUGACAGACUCGGUCUUACAAGCAGCGUUUGAUCAUGUCUCGUAUGCGAUUCACGAUUUAUGUGAUUGGACACAAAAGGCUCGUGCUGCAUUUCAGUACGCCACAUUGAACAUCUUCCAAACAUUAUCACGUCAACAACAAAUCCAAUCUCAAACAUCCUCAACACCGUUAAAUAUUGCUCAAUUUCAAAGCCUUCAACAACAAAAAGCGUUAUCGACAUCAUCGAUGCUGCGCCCGACUGCAGAAUCAGAUAUCUAUUUGGUCGAAUCAUUGAUAUUUCAAUUUUCGAUAGCUUCCGAUCUGUUCUAG